UUUCCACUUCGUCAGUCAUAUGGCGUUGCGUCUUUCGGCUAAUGUGAAUGAAUAAGAAGACAAGGGAAAAUGGCCGAGUCCGAGCAGAGAGGUAAAGACGAUUGUAACGCGGCGGCGGUGGCGGCCGCGGUAAAGGAAACAAUGAUUAAGCAGGAGAAGCGCGAUACUACGUUGACGAAUGGCGGCAAGGGCUCCGGCGAUGACGCCGACAGCCUCGAGGAGCUACCGCUCGACAUAGGCGAGCAUUAUCUCGUCCGCAGAUCCGACGACUCCUGGCAUCCCGCCGAGAUUAUCCAGACACGUUACAACGACCACGAGAGUCAUUACGAAUAUUAUGUCCAUUACGACGGACACAACAGAAGAUUGGACGAGUGGGUACCUCGCGAGAGAAUCAUGUCCAGUAGAUUCGACAUGAGUGAAAUAGAGCGGCACGAUAGGAAUUCUGGAGCCGAUCUCUUGGCCGAUUCUUCCGAUCGCAAAAUCACUCGAAAUCAGAAAAGACGCCACGACGAGAUUAACCAUGUGCAAAAGACUUAUGCAGAAAUGGAUCCUACUACAGCCGCAUUGGAGAAGGAGCACGAAGCUAUAACAAAAGUCAAGUACAUAGAUAGAAUACAGAUUGGCAAGUACGAGAUCGACACUUGGUACUUUAGUCCCUAUCCAGAGGAAUAUGGCAAACAAUCGAAACUCUGGAUCUGUGAAUAUUGUUUAAAGUACAUGCGUCUCGAGAAAACUUACAGAUAUCAUAUGAGCGAAUGUACGCAUAGGCAGCCAGUUGGCAAGGAAAUCUAUCGAAAGGGAACAUUGAGUAUUUGGGAAGUAGAUGGCAGGGAACAUAAAAUUUAUUGUCAGAAUCUCUGCCUGUUGGCUAAAUUGUUUCUGGAUCAUAAAACCCUUUACUUCGACGUAGAGCCGUUUCUCUUUUAUAUUUUGUGCGAAGUCGACAAGCACGGUGCACAUUUAGUCGGCUAUUUUUCCAAGGAAAAGGAAUCGCCCGACGGUAAUAACGUUGCCUGUAUUUUAACUCUGCCGCCCUUUCAAAGACAGGGCUAUGGCAAAUUACUGAUAGCCUUUAGCUAUGAAUUGAGUAGAAUUGAAGAAACGGUUGGAAGCCCCGAGAAACCUUUAAGUGAUUUAGGAAAGUUAUCUUACCGUAGUUAUUGGAGUUGGAUACUGCUGGAGAUCCUUCGCGAUUUUAGAGGAACUCUUAGUAUUAAAGAUCUUAGUCAUAUGACCAGCAUCUCGCAAACUGAUAUCAUCUCGACGUUGCAAAGUAUCAAUAUGAUUAAAUAUUGGAAAGGACAGCAUGUUAUCUGCGUCACACCAAAGUUAGUGGAAGAGCACAUCAAAAGCAGCCAGUAUAAAAAGCCGCGUCUUAAGGUGGAUACUAGCUCACUGAGGUGGGGAGCGCCGCCUCGGAAAAACAUCAAACCCAGCAAGAAAUAACUUCAUUUCCUCAAUGUACUCGAUUAUGUAAAUAUCCAUUCGUUAAAUAAUUACUUGUUGGAAAAGCAAUACGUCAUGUGCUCGAUAUAAUCACUAGAGAAAAGUCUCUCGACGAGUAGAAUUCAUAGUUUGAAAAUGUGUUUUAUUUAAAUAUGCAAGUGCAUUUCAGCAAAUGAUACCAAGCAGUAUUAAAACAAAUUCUAAUUUAUGUAAACUCAUUAAUAAUAAAGGAUGUGUCUGCAGA